AUGCUUGUCUCAGUCGGACCGAGACAUGCUGCUCAAUGGGGAUCUGUGGCAAUUGGUGUCACAGACCUCCUGGGAUCUGCGUCAGCCGCGGGGACUGACAGUUGGAAAACAAGGUCGAUAUAUCAGACAAUGACUGAUCGCUUUGCUCGCUCCGAUGGUUCGACCACCUCUCCCUGCAACACCACGGCAGGCCUGUACUGCGGUGGCACCUGGAGAGGCCUGAUCAACCAGCUCGACUACAUCCAAGGCAUGGGUUUCGAUGCCGUCAUGAUUUCCCCGAUCAUUGAAAACAUCGUAGGAGAAGUCUCAUACGGUGAAGCAUACCAUGGCUACUGGCCCCUUGAUCUAUACUCGCUCAAUUCGCAUUUCGGCACUCACCAGGACCUGUUGGAUCUCAGCAGUGCUCUCCAUAACCGCAGCAUGUAUCUCAUGAUGGAUACAGUAAUUAAUAACAUGGCCUAUAUCACCAACGGCAGUGAUCCUGCCACGGAUGUCAACUACUCCGUCUUCACUCCUUUCAACAGCUCCGGCUAUUUCCAUCCAUACUGUGAGAUCACAGAUUAUAACAAUUAUUCUCUUGCCCAAAGAUGCUGGACGGGCGACGAUAUCGUUCCUCUUCCAGAUCUUAAAACCGAGGACAGCACUGUGCAGAGCUUACUCGAAUCGUGGGUAGAGGAGGUCAUGUCGACCUAUUCCAUCGAUGGUAUCCGCCUAGACGCUGCGAAACAUGUCACUCCAGACUUCCUGCCCCGAUUCCACAGUGCGACAAACAACACCUUCAUGACUGGUGAGGUCUACGACAGCUCUGUUGAUGUGAUCUGCAAUUACCAGAACAACUACCUUCCUAGCGUGCCCAACUACCCCAUCUAUUUCGCACUGUUGAAGGCGUUCACCCAGGGAAAUACGAGUGCUCUGACUAACGAGAUCACGGUCAUGAAGAGAGCCUGCAACGAUGUGACUGCUCUGGCGUCUUUUUCUGAGAACCACGACGUCACUCGGUUUGCCUCCUUGACUGAUGACCUUGCGCUAGCCAAAAAUGUCGUGACUUUUACUCUCCUAUUCGACGGAGUUCCCCUAAUCUACCAGGGCCAGGAACAGCACUUCAAAGGCUCUGCCACCCCGGAAAACCGAGAAGCACUCUGGCUCUCCGGGUACAACACCACCGCACCGCUGUAUCAGCUCAUCGCGAAGCUGAACCGACUCCGCCAACACAUCUUCGCGAUAGACCCCGAAUACAUUGCUGAGCAGUCCUAUCCGAUCUUCACGGGCGGCAGCGAGAUCGGCAUCCAUAAGGGCAUCGACGGCCGCCAGGUGAUUAUGAUUCUCUCUACCCAAGGCACAGCCAGUACCGCCUACACCUUCAAUAUUCCCGUCACCUACGCGCCAGGCGUUGUCGCAAUGGAUAUCCUGAACUGCGUCAACUACACCGUCGACGUCAACGGCAACCUCGACAUGUUCAUGGACAAGGGCGAGCCGCGCGUCUUGUAUCCCGUCCAAUUCAUGCCGGGCAGCGGGUUUUGGGUUGUAGAUUUAGGCUACGAAAAAUUCUUGUAUCAUAUUAUGUUUUGA